GAUCCCGGCCGCGCUCGCUCCCCUCCCGUCGCAUUCCUCCGCGGAGCCGCCGCGUCCCGCAGCGAACAACAAACAAGUGGAACAGAACACAAAGGACCGAAUCGAAGCUCCGGGUCUGGUUUAUCCCGAGUCGGGGUUUGGGGACCAGAGAUUGGAUGGACUGGGAUUGUUGCCCCUGUUGUUGACUGGUACAAAGUUGGACCAGUGGAUUGAAGAGUUAAAGUGGACUUCAGGAGCCAUGGAACCAUGAGGCUGUGGUGGUGGGUCCCCGUCGUCCUCCUCCAGACCCAGGACGGGGUCUGCCGGGCGGGCUCAGGGGUGGUGUUCACCAGGCACCCAGCCAACCAGACGGUGAGCCAGGGGAACUCGGUCCGCCUGGGCUGUGCCGUGGAGGGGAUCAGCGAGGCCGACAUCUCCUGGAGGAAGGAUGGAGUCAAGGUCCACAGCAACGACCAGAUGCACCUCACACUGGGAGACCUGCACUGGGAGACAUACCACAGUGUGAAGUCGGUCCAGCAGCAGGACGCGGGGGUGUACUGGUGUGAGGUGGACUUCCACAGCAUCACCUACACCUCCCAGCCAGCCUGGGUCACGGUGGAAGGGGUCCCCCACUUCCUCCAGGACCCCCAGGAUGUGUCGACCCUGCCCGGCGUGCCCUUUGACCUCCGCUGCUCGGCCGUGGGCCCCCCUGAGCCGGUGGAGGUGGUGUGGUGGGUGGGGGGGGCCGCAGCCGGGGGACCCUCCCCCUCUCCCUCCGUCCUCCAUGUCCCAGGGGUGAACUCCAGCAUUAACUUUUACUGUGAAGCCCACAAUGCAAAAGGGAUCACGGUGUCUCGGACAGGAACGGUCUACAUUAAAGUGCUCCCCUCCCCCCCUGUGGAACUGUCGGUGUUGAGGAUGGAGGAGAACAACGUCACGUUGUCAUGGAAACCGGGAUUCACCGGUUACUCUGAGCUCUCCACCUGUACUGUCCAAGUGUCGGCUCCGGCGGGGCAGGGCGGAGGGGUGUCUGAGCUGGAGGUCGCUGUGCCUCCUUGCCUCCUCCACCUCCACCACCUCACCUUCUACUCCAACUACAGCGCCCGGGUGGCCUGCACCAACCAGCUGGGGCCCUCCCCCUUCUCCCCCUGGCUGGGCUUCCAGACACCACAGACAGAGCCAUCGGCCGCGCCCAGGAACCUGACCUUUGACCUCAGGGAGCAGGAGCUGCGGCUGGGCUGGGCGGGGCUGGCGGAGGCGGAGCUCCGUGGCCGGCUGUUGGCCUACAAGCUGCAGUGGAGCCUGGGGGGCGAGGGGCAGGAAGCUCUGCUGUUUAAGGAGAACACGGCUCGUCUGUCGGGGGCGGGGCGAUUCUUUAACUCCUCCUUCCAGGUCUCAGCCUGCACUGUGAUUGGCUGUGGGCCUUGGAGCCGACCAAUAACUGUGCUCCCUGCUGCUGCGGUGCCAGCCCCCCCACUACGGAGCCACCUCUGGGUGGGGGUCUCUUUGGCUGCUCUGCUGGUCUCCAUGGUGGGUCUGUUCCUCAUGGUCCUCCUGCAACGACGAGACAAGGAGACGCAGUUUGGGUCUGUGUUUAAGGACCCGGGACCGGACAGCGUUUCCUUCUUAGCAGCGAGGUCCUUCAACAGACAAGGCCCGGACCUACCGGACAGCACUCUGGACAGUCUGGGGAUCAACGAAGACCUGAAGACCAAACUCCAGGAUGUAUUGAUCCAGGAGCGACUCUUGACCUUUGGUCACCUGCUGGGGAAAGGGGAGUUUGGCUCGGUGAGGGAGGCCUUACUGAAGGCGGGCGACUCGGUCCAGAAGGUGGCCGUCAAGGUGCUAAAGUCUGACGUGGACUCCUCCUCCGACAUCGAGCAGUGUCUGAAGGAAGCCGCUUACAUGAAGGACUUCACCCACCCCAACGUCAUUCAGCUGAUAGGCGUGAGCCUCCAGCGGCGGGCGGGCCAGCGGCUGCCCGUUCCCAUGGUGAUCCUGCCCUUCAUGAAGCACGGGGACCUGCACACAUUCCUGCUGCUGUCACGGCUGGGGGAGGAGCCCUACGAACUGUCUGUCCAGAUCCUGCUGGGCUUCCUGGUCGACGUCGCCCGGGGGAUGGACUACCUCAGCACCAAGAACAUCCUCCACAGGGACCUGGCCGCGCGCAACUGCAUGCUGAAUGAAGACAUGACGGUGUGUGUGGCGGACUUCGGCCUCUCUAAGAAGAUCUACAGCGGGGACUACUACCGCCAGGGCUCCGCCUCCAAGCUGCCCGUCAAGUGGAUCGCCCUGGAGAGCCUCGCUGACAACGUGUACACCAGUCAGAGCGACGUGUGGGCGUUUGGGGUGACCAUGUGGGAGGUGCUGACCCGCGGACAGACUCCGUACCCUGGGGUGGAGAACUCUGAGGUCUACGAGUACCUCAUCAAAGGAGAGAGGCUCAAACAGCCUCCGGACUGUCGAGAUGACAUCUACGAGGUGAUGCACAGCUGCUGGAGCCCCGUCCCCAAGUGCCGGCCCAGCUUCCAGAGGCUAGUGGAGCAGCUGGAGGGUCUGGGGGCCGCGGCCUCCCCGCCCCCCAGACCACCCCAGCUCUACGUCAACCUGGAGGGGGAGCCGGGGCCGGGGUCCGAGUGGCUGAUGGCCAGCAGCGCUGCCAUGGCGAUCGGAGGAGACUGCCGCUACAUCAUGGGUCCGUGUGGGGAGGAGGAGGGGGGCCGAGGCCCCCCGCGGGACCUCCGGGACGAAGAGGAUGACGCCGUCAUUCAUGUCUGAGAUCAGCCUGGACUAAUCCCCCCCGCCACACAUACUGCUACUUCCGGUUUAUGGGAUGUUUGCUAUCGACAGACUGAGAAAGGACGAUGAAGAGCGUGAAGAUCAAAAUGAAACAUCCUGGAUCAUGGACCACCCGGAUUCAGCUGGUUUCUGAUUGGUUUGGCUGGCAGUCCCCCUAUGGUUCUAGGCUGGGCUCCUCACUCUGACGCCUGGGAUUCUGCACAUGCUCAGUAGAACAUGGAACGCUGGGUUUCAGUAGCUUUGCUUGGUCACCUGUCGCCCUCUGCCUUGACCUUUGGGUUACAUUAUGGACAUCAUCCACCACACUGGACCAACGCCAAUCUGUGUAUUAUUCUUAACUGGGAAUGUUAAGGAGACAAGAGGUGGACCUCAUGGGAUAUUAGCGUUAUGGUUUGAUUUAUUUUUUUACUGUGCCAAUCUAAAUCAUUUAACAGUCAUCCCAUUGGAUUGAUCCUAAAUAGUUUCAUAAAACUUACCUCCACAUUCAGGGUAGGAAUGUAGCAUUUCCUGAUGAAAUAUUUUUUGCUGCUGUGAAUUCAAUAAUUCUACCAAAUAGUGACUUAUUCUGCACAUUGGGCAUUUUAUUAGAAUUAAUCUAGCUAAUAUAUUAUAAUCAGAUAUAGAUCUUAAAGUAUUUAAAUACACUCAAUCAAUGGUGUAUAUUAUGCUUUUAGCUAAAGGACCUCAGGUUUGACCCACCAGCGACAGUGUUUGGAGAGUUUGACAAUUUUAAUACUUAGACGGGACAGGUCUGACCGGUUUGAUGUGUAUCAGACCGGUCUGAUGUGUAUCGAAGCCUGGUCUUAUUUCAGACAUUCCUUGUGCCAGGAUCGUCUUGAAACUGGUUUGAAUAUAGAACCUGCACAUCAUAAAGUAACACCAUUCCCAUACCAGUAUUGGAAAUGUUUACAGAAAACGCUUUGAAUGAAUAAAGAUGAAGUCGAUCUGUGAGA